CAAAGUAAAAGAAGGAGAAGAGGAAGGAGGAGGGGAGAAUAAGAGUUUUUUCCCCCUCACCAAUCCAACUGUCCUUCUUCGUGCAGUCUGUAACAACAGAACAUCCAACUUGAGCGGAGGAUAGAGCAGAAGUUUGCUUUACUCUGUGAGAUCAUCUUCACUAGGUUUUCCACAAUUACCCUGCAAGCAAGGCAUGUUUUAGACCUUCAGCCUUUGAAGAAAGAUGGACCACACCGUUCUCUGCUGCCUCACUGGCCUGUCCAUCAUUCUGAUAAACAGCAGCGGCGCUUAUGCCACCCCAGUCAUUUUCAAUGACUCUUUGGAAGGCAGUGGGCAGUGGGAGUCUAGAAGCACAGACCUGAUCCCCACACCGAGCAUUUCCUCCUUCCUCAAUGAGUCUAUUAUGUCCACCUCCAUCAAUGGAGAAAAGCAUACCAAGCCCCUCUUGAAUCAGGUGGUGGACUUCUUAAAAAAGAACCUCCUUCUCAUAGUUGUCAUUACCACGUUAAUUCUGGCUGUCUUCAUCAUCAUAUGUCUGGCUGCCUUCUUGAGUCGCAGACGAAAAGUCAGCACCUACUACCCAUGCGCAUUCCCCUCCAAGAUGUACGUCGAUGAGAGAGACAAGAAUGGAGGAGCAAGGUUCUUUAAUGAAGUUCCAGAGAAAACAAACACAAGCUCCAGUGAGGAGCCGCUGAAUUCAGCUAAGCAACUCCAAGAGGACAUCAUGUUGGCUACCAAGAAUCUUCGAACUCCAGCCAAAGCUCCAUGGAGAGAGAGGAACGAAAAGGUGGAAGACCAAAAAACAGAUGACGAGGAAAACCCUCAGUCUGAUAAGAGUCACGAGGAGAACUAUAGCUUGCAAGAGGACAAGAAUAGAAAUCAGUCCGUUGUUGAAGAUUUUGUGGAAAAGUCCCAGGACAGUGUCCCUGUUUGUGACAUGGAAAAGACUGACCCCUCUGGCUCUGGCCCCCCUGAUGAGAGCAAACAUCCAUCAGGGCCAGAGAAUUCUGAGAUCCAAGACAACAUGAACAAACAGGAAGUUGAUACUUCAGGCUCUCCAUUUAUCAGUGAAGAGAAAACAGCAUUUUAGUGUGGACGUUUUGAAAGCUUUAAAAGAAACUUUUAGAUGUAAACACAGACCAAAGUGUAGAUUGUCAAAUUGUAACACAAAAAAUGCUGUGGGAAGCUCUCACAAUUGCUAGUCAGGACAAUUAGGACAAGUGGUCUGCUUUUUUGAGAAAAAGAGAUGGCUUUAAUAUUGUUCAUUUAAUGACUGUUACAAUGAUAUACCACAUAACAAUGUUGUAAUCUGUUUUAAAAAGCAAUUUUUUUUUAAAUAUUAAUUUACUUAACGUAAAAGGAAAUGCUGUGUGAACGGAUGCCUAUAAUGCAAGACUGUAAUAUAAAAAUUGCAUUUUGA